ACUCCAACCUUUGUCUUCAGUUUUCUUCAAUCUUGAUCUCUAGGUCUGUGAAAAUGGCGACGAAGAGGAGCGUUGGGGAUCUCAGGGGCGGCGAUCUGAAGGGCAAUCGGGUAUUCGUCAGAGUGGAUCUCAAUGUGCCGCUUGAUGACAGCCUCAACAUCACCGAUGAUACCCGUGUUAGGGCCGCUGUGCCUACUAUCAAGUAUCUUAUGGAGCAUGGCGCCAGAGUCAUCCUCUCCAGUCACUUGGGACGGCCUAAGGGUGUCACCCCAAAGUACAGCUUGAAGCCUCUUGUGCCCAGGCUCUCUGAACUUCUUGGAAUUAAUGUUGAGAUGGCAAAUGAUUGUAUUGGUGAAGAAGUGGAGAAAAAGGUGGCUGCCCUUCCGGAUGGAGGUGUUUUACUUCUUGAGAAUGUGAGAUUUCACAAGGAAGAAGAGAAGAACGACCCAGAGUUUGCCAAGAAGCUAGCAUCAUUUGCUGACCUCUAUGUGAAUGAUGCCUUUGGAUCUGCUCACAGGGCACAUGCUUCAACUGAGGGUGUUGCCAAAUUCUUGAAGCCUGCUGUUGCAGGGUUUCUUAUGCAGAAGGAGCUUGAUUAUCUUGUUGGGGCGGUAGCCAAUCCCAAGAAGCCCUUUGCAGCUAUUGUUGGUGGGGCGAAGGUAUCAACCAAGAUUGGUGUGAUUGAGUCUCUGCUUGAGAAGGUAGAUAUCCUCGUCCUUGGUGGAGGGAUGAUAUUCACAUUCUACAAAGCGCAAGGGCAUCAAGUUGGCUCAUCCCUUGUGGAGGAAGACAAACUUGAUCUUGCAGCGUCACUUAUUGAAAAGGCAAAAGCAAAGGGGGUUUCACUCUUGUUGCCUACUGAUGUGGUUAUUGCUGACAAGUUUGCUGCUGAUGCAAAUAGCAAGAUCGUACCAGCUUCUGCCAUUCCGGAUGGUUGGAUGGGUCUUGACAUUGGCCCUGAUUCCACCAAGACAUUCAAUGAAGCCUUGGACACCACCGAGACCAUCAUCUGGAAUGGACCUAUGGGUGUCUUCGAGUUUGAGAAGUUCGCUGCAGGCACAGAGGCAAUAGCGAAGAAGCUGGCUGAACUUAGUGGCAAGGGUGUUACAACAAUCAUCGGAGGUGGUGACUCUGUUGCGGCCGUAGAGAAGGUUGGCCUUGCUGACAAGAUGAGCCACAUCUCCACCGGAGGUGGUGCGAGCUUAGAACUGUUGGAAGGCAAACCUUUGCCCGGCGUGCUUGCUCUUGACGACGCAUGACUUUUUAUCUGCUCUCGGUUUUGAUAGGGACCUCCUUUGAAGAAAAAGGCUAACAGAAGUUGUAAUUUUGGAGAUGUUCUUAAAUAAGUGAACUCUUUCAGGCACUACCAUGUUGGUUGUGUUUGGAAUCAGGAACUGUUUUAUCUUCUCAGUUGUACUUUGAUGAUUAUAUAA